AUGGGUAUUGGCGGAGUCAUCCUACGCUUUUGCGCACUCGCUAUACGCGUGUUGCAGUUCCUCGAUGCCGCCGUCAUUCUUGGCAUCUUCUCGUAUUACCUGGCCAUCCUGGCCCAACACAACCUCCACAUCGCGACAUGGAUUAAGGCCGUCGAAGGUCUAGCCGGUGCUGCUACUCUGUACGGCCUUCUCGGUACCAUUUUCGUGUGCUGUCUUGGCGGAGUCGGCUUCUUCGCUUUCCUCGGUGUUGUUCUCGAUGUUUGCUUCACGGGCGCUAUGAUCGCCAUCGCCGUCCUGACCCGCAAGGGCGUCAACAAGUGCUCCGGCACCGUCAACACGCCUCUGGGCACAGGCAAUGCCAGCGACGACUCCAAGGCCGGCCUGAGCUACGGUAUGGCCUGCAGGCUAGAAAAGGUCACCUUCGCAGUUGCCAUCAUUGGAGUCUUCCUGUUCCUCAUCUCCAUCGUGUUCCAGAUCGCGCUCGCCCGCCACCACAAGCGCGAGAAGCGGUUCGGUCCCUCCCCGACUAACGGGUACACUUGGGGAAGUCGCCGAAACUUCUGGAGCCGCAAGAAGAACAACCCCGAUGUCAAUGGCGCGGAUACCCUGCCUGGCCACCCUACUCCUGCUGAUGUCGAGAUGGAUGGUGAGGUCAAGGAUGAGAAGCGUUGGUACAGUUCGUUCGGUCGCAAGAAUAAGACCACCCCCACCACCGCCACUGGAGGUGCUAAUGGGUAUGGCUAUGGCAACUCUGCCUAUACUGGUAACUACUAA